AUGUCCGACCCUUUCAAAGCCCGCACGUUGAAGAGGAAGAAUGUCAAAGGGUUGGCUCUAAAUGCUCCUCCUCCGCGGACUGCUCCCUCGGAAGGGGAUUCACAGAUCCCUGGUGCCUUAGGAAAUUCCGAAAGCGAUCGAACCGAUACUUUGGAGAUCGGACUAGAGUUCAAACUAGACUUGAGAAGCGAAGACUUGGUGGUACUCAAAGAAUUGGGAGCAGGAAAUGGAGGCACUGUCAGUAAAGUUAUGCAUGCAUCUACCAAGGUGAUCAUGGCGAGGAAGAUCAUCCGGGUAGAUGCCAAAGAGAAUGUGCGAAAGCAAAUUGUCAGAGAACUCCAACUCGGACAUGAUUGCAGCUCACCCUAUGUAAUCACAUUCUAUGGUGCCUUUCAAAACGAGGCUCGUGACAUUGUGCUAUGUAUGGAAUACAUGGACUGUGGUUCUUUGGAUCGUAUAUCGAAGGACUUUGGACCGAUCCGCGUCGAUGUGCUCGGAAAGAUAACGGAAUCCAUAUUGGGAGGUUUGGUGUAUCUUUAUGAAGCCCAUCGCAUCAUGCACCGAGAUAUCAAGCCGUCGAAUGUAUUGGUCAAUUCUCGAGGUAUGAUCAAAUUAUGUGACUUUGGAGUUGCAACCGAGACCGUCAAUUCGGUAGCCAACACGUUCGUCGGAACUUCAACAUACAUGGCACCUGAGCGGAUCCAGGGGGGUGCCUACACGAUCAAAUCGGACGUAUGGAGCGUCGGGCUUACGGUCAUGGAACUUGCCAUUGGAAGAUUUCCUUUCGAUGCAAGUGACUCAGCAGCCGGAGAUAGGGCGAGCGCGGGGCCCAUGGGUAUCUUGGACCUUUUGCAGCAGAUUGUCCACGAACCCGCACCAAAGUUGCCCAAGAGCGAGGCAUUCCCCGCGAUAUUGGAUGACUUUAUUGCCAAAUGUUUACUCAAGAGCCCCGAUGAGCGACCCACCCCCCGCGAGCUCUACGACAGAGAUAACUUUUUGCAAGCGGCCAAGCGAACACCAGUUGAUCUACAAGAAUGGGCAGUAGCAAUGAUGGAUCGACAUAAUCGAAAAUCCUACCUGGCACCCCCUGCUCCUAAAUCUCUCAAGAGCGACGGAACGACAUCAGAUUCAUCCUAUGCAACUUCUGCUACAUCCACAGCAUCUUUCACAAGUGACAGCCGAGCCACACCUGUCACUGCGAGAAAAUAUGCCAGCCCCACAUCUGGAGACAUACCCUUAGCUACGCCCCAAUUUGCACUCGCACCGCCGUCUCAACAGACACCCACUGGUAUCGUCGAAAGAUCGCCGCCGCCUCCUCUGUCUCUUCAACAUCUGUCACUGGAGACAAGAGAUGCACCAAGUGGAUUGGGGUCGCGAUCAAAUCGCCUGGGGUAUAGUGACCGAGACAACAUUCCUGAACCAGCGUCAGCCAUCGAGCCUUCGCAGCGACCAAUGUUUCCACCGCGGACCAGCUCCAAUGGGUCAUCGAUUCCCAGUCGAGGUCAUUUACCCAGCCCGGCGAUGACCAUUAGGCCUCCCCCCACGGGACCUCUACCGCCACCGCCGAUGAAGGACCUACCUGCCCCUCCAGUGUUGAGGAGUGCGGGAGUAGCCAGUCCACGACGGCCACGAUGA